AUGUACUCUACUCUGACAUCCGAAGAUAUCAGAACGGUGACCAAGGCCACCAUCAGCGCGUUGAAAAAGCUCGAACUUUAUUGUUGUCUUGUCGGAAGCGUCGCAUGCUUUGAGUAUGGUACGAGCCGAACUCCAAAUGAUAUUGACAUGGUCGUACUGGGAUGUGUCUGGACGCAGGAAGAGCUGAAGCGACAAGUUGUAGCAACUGAUUCCAACUUCUACACGGUAGCCUCGAAAGAUUUCCGCGCGACUUAUCGGGUUCUUUAUUACCGAUUCCCAUCUUCCUAUACCAGCGGGUCCACCACAUCAUCCUCGGGCUAUUCCAGACUUUUAUACACCUCAUCUAGCAACCGUCGCUACGGCAAAAACUGUAAAGUCGAUCUUCUGUUUCCAGGUAUCAUGAAUAUCCCUCCGGUCCCAAGGUCGCGCAUCUACUACAAGGACAAUCGUAGUUCGAAGCCGUUAAUGCCAUUCCUUCCCCUCCUGCUUCUUAAAUUACAAGCAUGGCAGGACCAUGGAGAAUCAUCCAAACAAUGGAUGCGCGCGAAACAACCCACGGAUGUCGCAGAUAUCACGGAGCUCUUGAAUGUAGCUGUAACGAAAUAUCUCGAUGUCAAAUUGAAGAACGACGAGGUUUGGUUACCGGCGUCCUUUGUGGAUGCAGCGAAAAGGAGGGUAAAACUAUUCACGACACGAUAUCCGUUCACUAGGAGUCAGUGGAAGUUGCUUGGUUUUUGA